AUGACAGAUGGGUUUGAGGUUAAGGUUGGCUUGUACCAAGGCUCGGCCCUCAGCCCAAUACUGUUCAAUGUGGUUAUGGGUGUGAUGACAGAGGAAGUGCGUGAAGAGCCACCAUGGUGCAUACUGCAUGCCGAUGACAUCGUGUUGGUGGUGGAGACGAAGCAGGAGCUACAGAGGAAGAUGGAAAGAUGGAGAACUGCAUUAGAGAGUAGAGGGCUGAAGAUAAGCAGGAAAAAGACCGAGUAUUUCACAAUGGACACAGAAGGAGAUCAACAGUCAAUGAUACAAAUAGAUGGAUUGAACCUGAAGAGAGUGGACCACUUUAAGUAUUUGGGAGCGAUGGUUAAGGAAGAUGGUAGCAUAGGAAGAGAGAUUAAACACCGAAUUCAAUGUGGUUGGAAUAAUUGGAGAAAGGUUUCGGGAGUGAUCUGCGACAAGAGAGUGCUUGUAAAGUUGAAGGGAAAGGUACAUAAGUCUGUGGUCAGACCAGCUAUGACCUAUGGUUUAGAAACUGCACCACUGAGAAAGGUCGAGGAAAGAAAAUUGGAUGUUGCUGAAAUGAAAAUGCUCAGAUGGAUGGUGGGGGUAACAAAGAUAGACUGCAUACGGAAUAACUAUAUAAGAGGAUCACUCAAGGUAACAGAAAUAUCAAAGAAUGUUCAGGAAUCAAGGGCUGCGAUGGUCUCCUCCCUCAAUUAUUUAGGGCUUUUGUCCCUAGAGUCGUUGCAAGAAGGAAAUCAGACGCAGAAUUGGACUAGCAAAAUAUAUGCCCAAACACCAAGCUGUAGAAAUGUGGUUAGGAUGUUGUGCACCCCUUACAUUGACCGUGUGUCCUCAGAAAAAAUGAUCCGAGCACGACAACUCAAAUUCCUUGGACAUGCAGUCCGUAAAGACACAAAGUAA